AUGUGGUUUCAAACUAGCGAGCGAAAGUAUGCCGCAGGCAGCCUUGAGAUGCAAUGGAGAGGUCGACAGAGAUCGGAAGAGAGGAAGAAGAGGAGGCAGAGAGACGCUAGCGAGGAAUGCAGUCUCGGGGGAGAACAUGCACGUACGAUGAGUGAUCGCAAUGGCAGAACGGGAAAGAUGCCAGUUGGGCGACGGGAGCUUGAGCGGUGGGCAGCGGCACAAGAAGCCAAGAAGAAAGAUUCGGGAGGACUUACUGGCGUGUUCCGUUCGGCUCAUUCCAACGGGAACCUAAACCUAGCAGACAGGAAUCUCGAUUCUGUCCCCGAGCUGCUGUUGUCUUGGUCUGCUCCCAUAGGAGACGAGAACUGGUGGGAGGUGUCGGAACUCAAGAAGCUGGAUUUGAGCUUGAAUGCUCUUUCGAACCUCCCUGAUGACUUGUUUGCAAGCUUCAGCUUGCUGCAGACGCUUCACGUUGCCAACAACAAGCUCCAAACCCUCCCUCCAUCGCUGACCAGUUGUCCUGAGCUAUCGAAACUCAACAUCCAACACAACCAGUUUGCAACAUUGCCAGGAUUCGUCGGCCAUCUCUCCUGCCUUUCUUCUCUACAAGUUGACCACAACGCCAUUCACACCCUCCCAGAGGAGAUUGGCUUGUUGCACAACCUCGACACCUUCACUUGCUCAAACAAUCAGCUGCAGCAGCUCCCGUCUUCUCUUGGGCACCUCACAUCUCUCACCUUCUUGAACAUGUCCUCAAACAGAAUCGAAGCAAUCCCUGGGACAGUCGGAAACUUGCUGUCAUUAACGUCCUUGGAGGCCAGUCAUAACCUGCUGCAAAGCCUCCCGGACGGUCUGCGCAAUCUGUCCAAUCUCACGCGACUGGACGUAAGGGAAAACUGUCUCACGUCGGCUACAAGCCUGCCGCAUGCCCCCAGAAUGUCGGAGCUGCUCCUUGGGUUCAACAAGAUUCAAACUUUCCCGCCAAAUCUGGGGGACCGUCUGAAGUCGUUGAGCGUCUUAGACAUACGAGAUAACGCAAUCUCCAAUCUCGAAGCAUCUGAUCUAACAGGACUGAAGGUUAGCAUGUUGGUCGACAACCUCGGUGCGCCCUCUGACAUUGACAUGAAGCUGAAAAUGCUCGACGUGCGAAACAAUGAGAUCAAGAUGGUCCCGCCCGAGCUCGGGCUGAUGACAACUCUCACCAGCAUCUUGCUGGACGGGAAUCCUCUCAAGACGAUGAGGAGGUGUGAUGAGAGCGGAGGAACAAUCAUCACUGGGACAGCUCGUGAGAUCUUGGAGUACCUUAGAAGUCGGAUACAGCAGAAUCCUGAAGAGGAUGUUCCUACAUCUGGCUUGACUAGAGAUGUUGCUAUGACAAUCAGGAGCUCGGUGGGAAAUGGCCUGUUGUGUCUCAAGGGUUUGCAAUUGCAAGAUUUUCCUUACGAUUGUUUCAACCUCAGCGAUUCUCUCAAGUCGCUGGAUUUCUCUGACAACAAUCUCGAGAGUCUGAGUGAACGAUGCCUUUCAUGGACUAACCUUCAUACCAUCAAUCUCGCAAACAAUCAGUUGAGCAGAACAGAACAAGCUUCUUACCACGUCUUGUCCAACUUGCCCAAUUUGACUAGCAUAAAUCUGCAGGUCAAAUUUCUGUGUCGGCUGACUGCCGUCCCUGAGGACCUUCACUUCGCCACAUCCCUCGUCAACCUUGACAUGAGCAACAAUCAGAUCGAGGUUGGUUGA